AUGCAAGCAUCUAAGCCUGAGCUGCUAUUGAAAAUUACCCGUUCAGCUUAUGCGCUGAUCGACGUUACAACGCAGAUUAAGCCAAUUGUUGACAUAUUUAUUCCACAAAGCCCUGAAUAUUCCAUUCCCUACGCCUGCCUCUGGAUUAUUUUCAAAGGCAUCUCGGACAGGAAAGAAAAAAUUGAUUCAGUACAUAACCUCAUUACAUCUUUAUCUGAGGAUAUUCCAAUCCUGGAAGUUUACAAGGAUAUGUUCCCAACGAGAAGCAUGAAACAAGCGAUCACUGAGUUCUACAUACACACUUUGGAUUUACUUUGGAGGCUUUCAAUGUACUAUUGUAACAACUUCUUCAAACUUCGCUCGAUGAGCCAGGAAAUGCAAAAAAUAAGCAUCGCUCAAUCUCGUCAUUAUAUCUCAAAUAUCCUCGACUGCUGGAAUUAUAAUGUUGACGACGUUGAAGAAGAAUUUCGUAAAUGGCAAUCAUUACGUUUCUUUACUGAUAUGCGUGACCACUGGGGUUACAACGGGACUCUCCCGCGCCUCGCCGAAUGGCGUAAGCUUUGCGACAGCUCUCAGAAUUCUAUCCUUUGGGUGUCGACUGAUGAUAAUGAACGGCAAUUCUGGAUAACCGAGUUCUCUAUCGAUCUUAUCAAUAUAUGUCGCACACAGGGCCAGCUGAUAACAUUUGCCAUGUGCGACCGCCCCAAAGGCGUGACAUGGACACCAAAACAGGUUUUGAAGCAGCUUAUUUCGCAGCUUCUAAAUUCUAGACCAAGCUUAACCAUUUCUGCACCACAUAUUUUUAAUACUAGGAAAUUUCGCAAAGCGGAGACUUUUGAUGCUAUCUUGAAACUACUACAUUCGAUUAUGGCUCUACUUGGAUCGGUGGUUAUUGUUAUCGACCGCCUCGACAAGUGUGUUCCUGAUCCAGCUGCCCCACCGGUCAACGUUGCCAACGCACUUUCCCUGCUGGUUAAGAUGCACCCGCAAAGUCGAAUCAUUGUUACCACGGGUCAGGUGGUGCCACCAUCCAUAUUACCUGGACGCCCUAUCACCUUUGCAAUAGUCAAUACGAAACGACGUCCGCGAAUAUUGGAAUACAAAAGAAUAUCGACCGUCAAGCGCCAGCAGCAUUCGGAGGAAAAUGAUAUAGUAUAUGGACCUAUGACUGAAGCAGAAGCUCGAACAUUUUAUCAUAAACAUAUCUAA